AUGCAUCUAGCUCACAAUCCAAAGAGCUUUGGCUUCUCCAUUCUCAGCCUCCUCAGUGCUAUCUUUCCCCAGAGUGUUGCACAAAAAAACCUGAAGGCUGCAGUUAUAAUUUUCCGACAUGGAGACCGGACUCCAUUUCGAAGUUAUCCAACAGAGUUAUAUCGAGAAAAUGACUGGCCGCAGGGCUAUGGACAACUUACUAAGCUUGGAAUACAGCAGCAGUAUGAGUUGGGACAAUACUUGCGGGACAGAUAUGCAAACGUCCUGAGCAUUCAAUACAAGCGAGAAGAGAUUUGUGUCCUCAGCACUGACUAUGACCGAACCAUCAUGAGUGCCCAAGCAACCCUUGCAGGUCUCUAUCCCCCCACUGGUGGCCAGAUCUGGAACCCCAGAAUCCUUUGGCAGCCCAUCCCAGUGCACACACUGGCACAGUCUCUAGAUUAUCUACAUACUUUUAUUCCUGGCUGUCCACGAUAUGACAGAAUUCAGAAUGAAACCACAAAAUCAAACGUAUUUCAGAAAGUGAUGCAACCUUACAUGAAUUUUUUAACCACCAUGGCGAGGAACACUGGUUAUAAUGUGGCUUCUCUCAAAAACCUAACCAACUUGAAUGCAUGGACUGUAUAUGAUAAUAUAAAGAUUGAGAUUACUCAUAAUUAUCCCAUCCCAAGCUGGGCCACCCCUAAUGUACUGGCCAAGUUGGAAGAAUUGUCAGACUUGACUAUACUGUCGCUGUUUGGGAUUUAUAAGAAAAGAGAAAAAUCACUGUUACAAGGAGGUCGCAUUGUGAAAGCUGUUCUGAAAGACAUCAGAGAAGCUGCGAAACAUGAAAACAAGAGGAAAUUGAUGAUGUAUUCUGCACAUGCAACCACAAUUGCAGCCUUCCAGAUUGCUCUUAAUGUUUAUAAUGGAAGAGUGCCACCCUUAUCUUCUUGCCAAUUUCUAGAAUUGUAUGAAGAUAAAAUAAGGCAAUACUCUAUUGAGAUGUAUUAUCGAAAUGAUACUUCUGGGACUCCUCAUCAGCUCACUCUUCCUGGGUGCUCCUUCUCUUGUCCACUAGCAAAGUUUACUCGACUGGUUUCUUCUGUCAUUACGGCAGACUGGGAAAAACAGUGUCAGAAGUGA